ACCAAGGACAAUUUCACGGAGUUCGUCCGCAACAAUAGCUUCGCCAUGGUGGAGUUUUACGCUCCGUGGUGUGGCGCUUGUCAGGCUUUGGCCCCCGAGUACGCCGCCGCGGCGACGGAGUUGAAAGGCGUUGCUGCGCUCGCUAAGAUCGACGCCACUGAGGAAGGGGAUUUGGCUCAGAAGUACGAGAUUCAGGGCUUCCCCACC